GAAGACACAGAAAAGUUGCCUCGAAGAAUACAAGUGGGUCUGGGACACUCAAAAUGUAAAGUGGUCCAAUAUGAGCAACUACGGGACAUGCUAGAGGCCAAACGCCUUUCCUCUCAGCUCUCUCAACAGAAGGUGCAGAAGGUGCUGGAUGCAGCUCAGGUGAAUAAGGAAAGGAGUGUUCUAAGCCUGCAUAGACAAGUGUGGCUCCAGGAGCAUCACAGACUCAAUAUAGCCAGGCACAAGACUGAGAAGGACUUUCAAUGUUUUCUUCAUGGAGGUGGAUUCAAAGAAUCAGACACGGAUAUCCUUUCUCAGUUACAGGAAUAUGAGUUGGACCUGGAACAGGAACGUGAGGAGUUUCGAUUAACCACAGUGGAACCUAUUUAUCAGCUAAGAGAUGAUCUGCAGUACAGACUCGCAUCACAUUGCUCAACAGCCAAUCACAUCAGUGAGCCUGAGAAAGUCUUACAGCAGUACAGACUCGCAUCACAUUGCUCAACAGCCAAUCACAUCAGUGAGCCUGAGAAAGUCUUACAGCAGGUUCUGUCUGUCAAACAGCAGCAGGAGGAAGUCAUAGACAGACUGCAGUGUGAAUGUGUGUCUCUACAGCAGGACAUCUGUGUUACUGAACUCAAGGAGAACCUACUGUCUGCUGCAAUGGAAGACCAGGUAGCAUAUUUGGAGAAGGUUCCAGAUGAGAUCUUUAUUGCAGACUGCCCAUAUCCUGAACUCAGAUCAGAUCUUAUCUACAGCUUUCAUUCUCUCACUGAGAAAUAUAAACUCAGAUUAGCGAUAGUGGAGACCAGACUGCAAGGCCUGGACAGGAAUUGUGGCUGGAAUGCAGCAGAUCAUGAGUGUUUCCAGCACAUAAUGAGUCAGUAUUCCUCAAGUCUGCGGAACCAGCGCUCACUUUACAUUGAUAUGUUGCAGAGAAUGCUGCCACAUAUAUCCAAACAGGAACUGAGUGCACAUGAGCGUCAGAGCGACUGGUAUCAUUUCAGCAUUUCACAGAAGAAUCUGAUACUGCAGGGCUGGCAGCGGGAUCACUCAGAGCUUCUCCUGAGGGCUCUGAGCAUGUUGGAGGACUGCAUAAUAUCUCACAUACAGCAGCAGGAAGUUCAGAAACAGCGCUUACACCAGCAGAACAUCUGUCUCAAGCUCAGAGCAAAGCUGCAGCGGUGGUGCAUUCAGCAGGAGGAGGCUGCGGAGUUGGAGGCUACUCUUGCUGCUAACUGGUACAAAGAGGAAGAGGAGAGACUGAGGAAAGAACACCAAAGAGAAAAGACUAGAAGAACUCAACUGAAAAAGCAGCUGCAGCGGUGGUGCAUUCAGCAGGAGGAGGCUGCGGAGUUGGAGGCUACUCUUGCUGCUAACUGGUACAAAGAGGAAGAGGAGAGACUGAGGAAAGAACACCAAAGAGAAAAGACUAGAAGAACUCAACUGAAAAAGCAGAUAAAUAGGUUCAAUGCAGAUAAACAGAGGAAACAAGAGAUGCAGAGAAAGAAGGAUAUGGAGAGGCUUGCAGAACUGAGGAGAGAGAUAGAAGAACAGGUGCAGAGAGAUAAAGAAAGAGUGAAUUUCAGGAAAGAACAAUUUCAGCAGAAACUGCAGAUGCGUGAAGCUGAAGAAAAACAAAAACAGAAGUACGAUAAAGAGAGAGAGGAGAGAUUGCAGGCUUUACGCAACCAGGUCUCUAAAGUAGCUGAGGCCAACCCAGAGAGGAUGAUGGGAAACACAGUGGCGUGGAGAGUACGUCAACAGCCUGAAGAAGUGUUUACAUUACAAAGGCCACUGUACCAGCUAAAUACAUACACUGAUACACAGAUUGUGUCUGAUCCCAGAGUGCGUAUUGAACAAGCACUCAGAACCGCAGGUCUCCAUAACAUCCCUUAUGCAAGACAGAUUCUAUCUGAGAUCCAACCUCUGAAGCCACCCAGACGAGACACGGAGUCCACUGCCUUCAGAACCUGACCAAUAAUUAUAUGAAUGUAAUCAUCUUUUCAUAUAUACAAGUCAUGCUGUGUCUACCUGAGGUCUACUGUCUACAUAUUUUUAACCAUAUUCCCUUGGACACUUUAUUCAAUAUUUGGAGGAUUGAUUGAUACGUCAAAGUCUUGAUCUCAGAAGAGAAAGAAUAUUUCAUUCCUCAUGAUAUGACCAGCAUGCUUGAGGAA